AUGAGCAAUCGACGUACCACUCUCAAGGCACCAGGGAAUGGUGCGGGUCUUUUUAAGACCUCAAACGCGGAUAACACGGUUCUUCAGAAGGAGCUUUUGGAAGAAAACAAACAGGAGAUUUUCGAAGCCUUUUCGUUAUUUGACAUGAAUAACGAUGGGUAUUUAGAUUAUCACGAGUUUAAAGUUGCAGCAAAAGCACUUGGGUUUGAUCUAAGCAAGACGGAGUUAUUGGAUCUGAUAGAUAAGUAUGACAGAGAUGGCAGGCGAUUGAUGCACUACGACGAUUUCUUUUUGAUUAUGGGGGAAAGGAUUUUGAAUAGAGAUCCGCUUGACGAGAUACGUCGCGCCUUCAAGCUUUUCGAUGAUGACAAUACAGGCAAAAUCAGCCUCAAAAACCUGAGGCGCGUGGCCAAAGAAUUGGGAGAAAAUCUUACAGAUGAAGAACUUCGUGCAAUGAUUGACGAAUUCGACCUUGAUAAUGAUGGUGAAAUCAACGAACGCGAGUUUAUCGCCAUUUGCACAGAUAGCUAG